AUGCUGAAAUUGACAAGCGUGGCAGCAUUGCUGCUCUGCGUGGCGUUGACGUGUGCAGAACCCCGAUUGGGUCCACAACAACAGAAGCAACUGCGUUCCGGCGCCGCAAUCGCCUCAUCAAAUCAUCCUUAUAUCUUUCUUGCCCGUCCACGUACCAAUGGCGAUGGUCAUGAAGUGCAGGGCUUCAAGGUCGUACAAAUCGCUGACAACGACAACGACGACGACGAUGCAGACGACAAUCCUGUUAACAAUGUUAAUAAGGAAAGCAAUAACGAUGACGAUGAUAUUGACGACGCCAAAGAAGAUGAUGAUGACGAAGAAGAACAAGAUAAUUCAGUGGAUAAUGCUGACGACGAUGACGACGAGGCGAGCUUCGAGUUAAAUGAUGAUGAUGCUGAUGAUGAUGAGAAUGAAAACGAUGUAAAUGAUGUAGCCAGUAAUAUCGUAUUCCUGCGUUCGCGUGUGCCGCACUCACCCCGUCUGCGCAGUCAAUUGAAAAAUCAAAUCCCCGUGCAGAGCUCCACUUUUGGUAAUCGCGCCAGCCAAUUCAAUGCUCAACUUGUGCUGAAGAAUGCCAAACCGACGAAUAUGAUGGUGUCACGUGAACACGCCGGAGCUAUUAUGGUACCCGAUGGUUUCAUUGAGAUCGAGGGACAAAGUGUUGUUGAUGAGAAAACCGGCAAGACGGCGUUGUUGGUGCCACGUGCCGCACUCGAGGCCAUACCCGAUGGAAGUGUUGUGGCGUUGGUGGAGAGUUCCGCCGACGAAUCUGAGGAGGCGCGCGCCAAUCGUGUUAUAGUACGUCGUCGCCGCAAGGGUUCGCGACGCAAUGUGCGGCGUCGACGAGGUGGCAACCGCCGUCGACAAGGAGGUAAUCGUCGUCGUCGUCGUGGCGGUAACAGGCGCCAGAAUGUGCGCGUAUAUCAGGUGGGUGGUGCAACACGUCGACGUGGUAGCCGUCGUGGCGGACGUCCUGUUGUGCUGCAGGGUUGA